ACAGGUCAGAAACAAGGGAGGUCAGUCGUCGGAACUCAGAGACGCGAGGCGAGGGGCCCCCGGCCCUGAGUGUGGGAGUGGAGAACAGGCGACAUGCCCCUUCUUUCUCCUUCCAAUCGCUGCCUCUUCCGGGGACCCCCUCCGUCCUCCCUGGGGCCCCAGCCCCCACCCCCAAAUUCUGCAUCCUCUGCGGAUUGGUGCCCGGCCUGCCAGGGGCGGGGCCCGAGGGCCCUGACGUCACCGGCCGAGGGGGCGGGCGGUUAAGGGGAGGGGGUGACAGGCCCCGGCUCAGCACCUCGGAGAGCUCCCUCCCCGGCCUUGUUUUGCUCUGGAAUCGCAGCCGGGGGAGGGUGCCAGGGGGCCGGGCAGCGGGAGCAGCGGCAGGGGGAUGGCCGUGCAGGCAUCGAGGGGCCCCGGCGGGCAGAGGGCCCAGCCGUGAUCCGGCGGGGGGGCCGGGGCGCCAGGAGGGGUGGGGGGCAGCUGGUGGCGGCAGCAGUGGCUGCACAUCUGGAUGGAAGCGAGCUUUGUCCAGACCACCAUGGCUCUGGGGCUGUCCUCCAAGAAAGCGUCUUCCCGCAAUGUGGCCGUGGAGCGUAGGAACCUGAUCACCGUGUGCAGGUUCUCUGUGAAAACACUGCUAGAGAAAUACACGGCGGAGCCCAUCGAUGACUCAUCCGAGGAGUUUGUGAAUUUUGCAGCCAUCUUAGAGCAGAUCCUCAGCCACCGUUUCAAAGCCUGUGCCCCAGCAGGUCCGGUGAGCUGGUUCAGCUCAGACGGGCAGCGGGGCUUCUGGGACUAUAUCCGGCUGGCUUGCAGCAAAGUGCCCAACAAUUGUGUGAGCAGCAUUGAGAACAUGGAGAACAUCAGCACAGCCCGAGCCAAGGGCCGGGCAUGGAUCCGGGUGGCCCUGAUGGAGAAGCGAAUGUCAGAAUACAUCACCACAGCUCUGCGGGACACCCGGACCACCAGACGUUUCUAUGACUCGGGAGCCAUCAUGCUGCGGGAGGAAGCCACCGUCCUCACCGGGAUGCUGAUCGGACUGAGCGCCAUAGACUUCAGCUUCUGCCUAAAGGGCGAAGUGCUGGACGGGAAGACCCCCGUGGUCAUCGAUUACACACCCUACCUAAAGUUCACCCAGAGCUACGACUACCUGACCGACGAGGAGGAGCGGCACAGCGCCGAGAGCAGUACGAGCGAGGACAACUCGCCCGAGCACCCGUACCUGCCGCUCGUCACCGACGAGGACAGCUGGUACAGCAAAUGGCACAAGAUGGAACAGAAGUUCCGCAUCGUCUACGCGCAGAAGGGCUACCUGGAGGAGCUGGUGCGCCUGCGCGAGUCGCAGCUGAAGGACCUGGAGGCGGAGAACCGGCGGCUGCAGCUGCAGCUGGAGGAGGCGGCGGCGCAGAACCAGCGCGAGAAGCGGGAGCUGGAAGGCGUGAUCCUGGAGCUGCAGGAGCAGCUGACAGGUCUGAUCCCCGGUGACCACGUUCCCCUGGCCCAGGGUUCCAAAGACCUCACCACGCCCCUGGUCAACCAAUGGCCUUCACUGGGAACGCUCAAUGGAGCAGAGGGUGCGAACAACCCCAAGCUAUACCGGAGACACAGUUUCAUGAGCACGGAGCCGCUGUCGGCUGAAGCCAGUCUGAGCUCGGACUCCCAGCGCCUGGGAGAGGGCAAACGGGACGAGGAGCCCUGGGGCCCCAUCGGGAAGGACCCCACGCCCUCCAUGCUGGGCCUCUGCGGCUCCCUGGCCUCCAUCCCCAGCUGCAAGUCCCUGGCGAGCUUCAAAUCCAACGAGUGCCUGGUGAGCGACAGUCCCGAAGGCAGCCCGGCACUGAGCCCCAGCUGAGGAACGGCGUGGGCAGUGUUAGCUGCACCUGCCAGGGGCAUGGGCACCUGCCACCUUUCCUCAGAGUCUCCCAAUCCAGGCCACUUUUCCAGAGAACGCUGCCCACCCAGCCACGGGUCUCUUGCAAAAGGCACCCUUUGCUUCUUGCCCAUUUUAACUUUCUGCCCAAGGGAGCAGGGGCUACAAGGGGAAGCCCGUUGGGCCAGGGCGCACGGGCACCAUGGCCACAGGGUGCCCUUGGGAAAGCCUGUUCCAUUCUUCUGGUGACCCUGGCACCUGGCUGGCUUCCUACCGGAGUCUUCUUCGCACAGCCCCGCCACCCUCCUCAGGAGCUGGUGGCCCAGCCUCAGCACUCCCACCCCCCAUGCCUCUCCAGUCCAUCCCUGUGUAUUCCCCGGAGUCACUCCCUCCUCAGCCCCCAGGACAGGGGCUCUGAGGGGAUCAGGCAAAUAAAAACC